AUGUUACUCACGCUUCUCUCGUUCACCCUCUGGAGCGGACUACCGCACGCCUGGAUCAUCGAAUGCUUCCGACACGAGCUCGCCAGAAUCCUCAUUGAGCGCAAGUUCAUCCAAUUGGACCCUCAUCCAGUAAAGCAGCCUCCGGCCCCCAAGUCGUCCAACUUCGAUCUCAAAGUAGCGGAAGCAGCUGGCUUCCACAGAGCCAUGAACCUCUGGAACGAAACAUGCGGCUUUGGUCCUCUCCUUAUGUCCCCAGGAGUGAAGGGAGCGUUGUCUGCGCAUGCCUCAAUUUUAGGUGGCUUACUACGCAACUGCCAGGUAUACAUCAACGAGCCAAGCUCCUUCCCCAGCAAGUUCAAGGAUCAGAGCGCAGAGAGCGGCAACCCAUAUCGGCUUGUGAGGGCACAUGACGAAGCAGAGAAUGAGGCACUGACCUUUAGUUACUACGACGUGUACAUGGAGAUGGUCUGCUAG